UUCUCUGACCACGUCCACAGACAAACCCAGCACAUGAAAAGUGGACAAACUAUGAAGCUAUAGCAAUCACCAGCCGAGCAUUUGUCCCAUCUGCUCCAUGAUUUCGCUGGUUUGAUUUCAUCCCAGCUUUUACUUUGAAAGGCUCGCUUUGCUCUUUGGUGCGUUCAGGGUGUCCACAAGGAUCCGAGUAAAAAAUAAGUUGUCUGCCACGUUUGUGACACUUCGCGGAGUAAUACCAAACUAUUUGGUUCUGUUUUGCUGUUUUUUUGUUAGGACGGAGGGAUCUGAGUCGAAGUUUAGUUUUUAGAAGUCUUGUUUUUUUUCGGGGGGAGGUAGUUUGCAGAGAGAAGAAUGCUGCUCCAGCUCCUCACCCUGGUCUGUGGUCUCUGCUGCUUUGGUUUUACCUCAGUAUCUGCAAAUGUGCUUAAAGCAGAGGCAUGGCUGCAGAAGUUUGGUUACCUGCCUCCAGGUGAUGUCCGAGCUCAGGCCAUCCGCUCACCAAAGUCCAUUGAAGAUGCCAUAUCAGCCAUGCAGAGGUUUUAUGGUUUGACUGUUACCGGCUCCAUUGACUCCAACACGUUAGAAGCGAUGAGCAAGCCCCGAUGUGGUGUCCCGGAUAAGUUUGGCCCUUCACUGAAAAGCAACCUGAGAAGGAAGAGAUACGCUGUGCAGGGUCUGAAGUGGGACAAGUCUGAGGUGACAUUCAGCAUACAGAACUACACCCCAAAGAUUGGCGAACAAGCCACGUAUGAAGCCAUCCGAAAAGCCUUCAAAGUUUGGGAAAGAGCUAUCCCGCUCACCUUCAGAGAGAUCCCCUACAGCCACAUCAGAGACAAGGUCGACAAGUUCGCGGACAUCAUGCUCUCAUUCUCAGAGGGGUUCCAUGGUGACAGCACGCCAUUCGAUGGCGAGGGCGGCUUCCUGGCUCAUGCUUAUUUCCCCGGGAACGGUAUCGGGGGUGACACACAUUUUGACCUUGCUGAGCCAUGGACCACCGGGACUGCAGACCAAGGGGGUAAUGAUGUUUUCCUGGUGGCCGUCCAUGAGCUGGGUCAUGCUCUAGGUCUGGAACACUCCAACGACCCCUCCGCCAUCAUGGCCCCUUUCUACCAGUGGUUUGAAACGGAAAACUUCCAGCUCCCAGACGACGACCGCAGAGGCAUCCAGGCCAUCUACGGAACCAAGUCUGGGGCUCCACCUCCUCCUCCUCCUCCGCCUCGACCCACAAAGACUCCCCACCCUGGCCAUGGUCCAGACAUCUGUGAAGGACACUUCGACACCAUCGCAAUCCUCAGAGGGGAAAAGUUUGUUUUUAAGGACAAGUGGUUCUGGCGUGUUCGUAACAACAAGGUGUUAACAGGCUACCCUAUGACCAUCAGUCAUUUCUGGAAGGGCCUGCCUUCAAACAUCAACGCCGCCUACGAGAGGGAUGAUGGGAAAUUUGUUUUCUUCAAAGGUGACAGGUACUGGGUUUUCAGUGAGUCCACCAUGGAGAAGGACUCUCCUAAGAGCUUGAAAGACCUUGGGACCGGUCUCCCCAAAGAUAAGAUUGAUGCUGCUCUUUUCUACACGCCAACGGGACAGACGUACUUCUUCAGAGGCGCAAAGUACUAUCGUUUCAACGAACAGACACGCACUGUGGAUAACGGCUAUCCUAAACCCAUCAGCAUGUGGAGCGGUGCUCCGGAUAAUAUUAAAGCUGCCAUCAUGAGCGAAGACGGAUCUUACACAUAUUUCUACAAAGCCAACAAGUACUGGAAAUUCAACAACCAGUACAUGAAGGUGGAGUCAGGCUACCCCAAAUCGGUGCUCACCGACUGGAUGGGCUGUGAAAGCGAGGAUCCCAAAAAGGGUCGAGAAGAGGAGGUGAUCAUCAUCGAGGUGGACGAAGCACAGAGCAGCUUGGGGCCGGUGGCCGUGGUGAUCCCUCUCCUCCUGCUGGUUCUGGUCGUGGUCACUCUGGGAGCGCUUUUGUUCUUCAGGAAGUACGGCACACCUCGACGCCUCCUCUACUGCCAAAGAUCUCUGCUGGACAAGGUUUAGACAGAGUGACGGGGUGUGAUUGACAGACAGACUGCAGCAAGAGGGAGAGAGAACGAGGGGCCGGGGAAAGAUGGAAACUGAGAAGAGGAGAGAAACGGAGGAGGAAGAGAGAGAAACUGGAGAAAAGACAGAAGAAAAAAGGGAUAGGAGGGGGAUGUUUUGGAAGUUUUGGGUGGUUUGUACGUGCCACGAAAAAGAGAAAAAGGCAGUAAAAGGCCCUAGAAACUGAAAUCAGGAAAAUGUGUAUUUGUAUGUUAACUAUUUACAUGUACUGUUCUGCGUCCAGAGAUCAACAACAUACCCCAAAAUCUCUACAAAGACACUCAUGUUCAUCAGCGACUUCUCUCCCUCCAUCCUCCCUCUUCUUUAACUGGACGACUCCAGCUGAACUGCUGUCUGAUUCAUUUCCACAUUUAGAAAUCUGCGGCUCAAUUUGAGUUUUCCUCAGAAAUUCAUCAUCUCUGAAAAAACAUUACGACACACAUCUUUAAUUUUAGAAGACGUUUUGCUUCGUAAACAUAUUCACUCUUGAAUCCAUCGGUUGGCAAAGUUUUUGAUAUUUGGCUAUCCAUUAUAUCUAUUAUUAUCCAGUAUUUCUCUCUGUUGGGUAUCAAACCGCACACUUUGUUGGUACUUCCUGAAAGUGUCAACUGAACUCUAGUUGGCAUUGAAUGUCUGUUUGACUUUGUUACAUUGUUUUCUCAUUCUUUGAUCAAACUGCUCAAAAUUUAAUUCUAAACUUUGCUGAUUUUAGACAUUUUCACUAAGGGGAAGUUAUUGCGAAUUGAUCUUUGUUUGAAUACAGUAUCAAGUUUUAAAAAAAGAACACAUCUGAGAGUAUGGUACUUAAAAUGGUGCAUACAAAAAGAACAUUUUAGCCCUAUUUCUAGCUAAGACUCAUGAUAGUUUUGGCUGGAUGUGACAGAGCGUAGUUAAAAAGCACAGUCCUCAUGAAUGGUACUUCCCCAAAUGCAGAUAUGAUUUGGCACACUAUGAUUAAAUAGAUUUUUGGAUGCAGCUCUGUCUUAGAAUAUGAAAACAAUGAUGUCCUUAAGGUCCACAUUCUUGAAUGUUCCUCUACUGUCAUCCAGCCACAGUCUUUAAAGAGGGGGUAUUUUGCUUUCUCAUAUUUUAAGAAUUGAUAUAAAGUAACAAUGUUGGAAAUCUGUUCUAAAUGUGGGCAAAUUUUCAAAUUGCUAGGUACGCAGAUGUCGUAGUAAUCCCUGAAUAUGUGUGUAAACUGCUCAAAACGAUCCGUUCUUAAAAUACCGCGAGAUCUUCACGAAAUGAUGAGGUCAUCGCAUAAGGCUCUCCUAAUUGGUUAAUCUGCGCAACAGCAUGCCCCGGCAACAUGUAAGAAAACAUCUGCCCAUAGCUCCGCCCCCCCGACAGGCCUCUGGAAAUCUAGCCAAUCAGAGGACAGGGGCUUUCUUAAAGAGACAGCAGCUAAAACAAAGCGUUUCAGACAGAGGCUGAAAUGAGGGUUUUCUAAAACACCAGUGUGAGAAAAGUAGGGAUUUGUUUGAGCAGUAAAUCAUGUAACGUUACAACAGAGGUACCAGAGGGACGGUAAAGCCUGGAAAAAAAGUAUAAUACCCUCUAUUUAAAGAAAUGACAGGUUUAACACAAAACGUUGACAAUUAUAGAAUACCUUAUUAAGGCAAAGCUCCUUCACUGUGGUCUGUGUUUGAAAGCAACACAAUGUUGGGGAAAAUAAAAUCACAUAUUGCCAAGUAAGGUACUGAAAAAUGUGGUACUUCAACGGAAAAUCUUUAGCACACAACGAAGAAGACAUAGUUUGUUUUAGAUUUUAUCUCCUGCUUGAUUUUGUACCAGAUUGGAUGGAUUUGUUUGCCGUGAUUCAUCCAGACGUUUGAACCAGCAGGUUUAGGAUUUGUUAAUCCAGGAUUAUAUCCACUAAAGUCAGACUUCAUAUGAGGUUAUGGAGACUUUUAACAACAAAGAUGCCCUUCACAUGGUACAGAAUCAAAACGCUGUUUUUAUGCACUCACUCAACAAUAAGAGCGUGAUUCACAGGGGAAACAUUUUCAGUGCAAGCAGUCAGAUGGGAAAAAAAAACCUUUUAAAAACAUUCCAGUUUUAUUUGUUGUUGAGCUUUACUGCUUGUGUCAGUAAGCGGUACAGUUUCCAACAAUAUGGUGCAAUUUUUUUAAUUAUUAUCGUUUUUUAUGGGAAAUUGUUGUUAUUAUAAGUAUGGUUAUUGUUAUUAUUGUUCUCCUGUUAAAGUUAUAAUGUUUUUGUUUUUUUUGUACAUUGUCAUUUGGAGUCCUGCUGGACAGAGGCAUAACAUGACAAUGAUGGAGAUAAAUCCCGGUUUACACUCAGUUUGAGAUGAAUUCGAUCAGAUCAGGGGAGAAUUGUUGGCACAGAAUAACAAGCAAUGCUAUUUAUAAACUUUGAUGGUGCUCAAUUGUUUAGUUUUUUUUAUUUUCUACACAAACCAAAAAUCAAAGGUGAAUUCAUUUAAUUAAUAACAAUGAUAAUGGUAAUGAUAUUUAUAAUGAUGAUCAUAUCAAUAAAAUGGAAUGAGAUUUUA